AUGCGGCUUUCUGACGAGUUGCAGAUCCACCUCGUCGACACAGAGGCUGUUGAUCAUUCGGGCAGAAAGGAUAUUGUCCUGAACCCGCGUCCUAGCUCAGACCCAGAGGAUCCAUUGAACUGGUCGAAGAAGCGCAAGAUGAUUGCAAUAACGAUGGCGUACAUUUAUAUUCUUGGAAUCGGAAUGUCCACCACCGUUCAAUAUUCGAUCCUGACGAACAUUGGUGAAGCCACCAACAUUUCGAUUGCUGACAUCAACACCGGUACAGGCUUGCAAUUCCUCUUUGCAGGUUGGGGUUGUUUAUUUUGGCAACCUGUAGCGCUGACCUAUGGCCGACGCGGAGUCUAUAUCCUCAGCAGCCUGAUCGCCCUUGGUCCAAUGAUAUGGACAGCGUAUACGACCUCGAGAAGCAUAUGGUGGGCGCACCGCAGCCUGCUCGGCCUCAUCGUUGCUCCGGUCGAGUCUCUGGGUGAGAUUUCCGUGUCGGACCUGUUCUUCGCCCAUGAGCGCGGUAACUACAUGGGGAUUUAUACCCUCUUGGUCUUCGGCUCCAAUGCCUUGGCACCCUUUCUUGCAGGCUUCGUGACCGAGUCCAUGGGGUGGGAGGCCGCUAUUUGGUUUGGCGUUAUCAUCCUGGCUGUCUGCACGAUCAUCAUCUUCUUCGGCAUGGAGGAGACAAUGUACUUUCGCCAGACCAUCGAAGGUGUUGACGAAGGAGCUGCGGAGGUCGUCGCCGGCGUGGAAACCCUUGGAGAAAAGACUGACGCCGUUUCCAAGGAUGCCCCUCUUCAGGAGACAGUAUCACCUGUGGCAAGAGCUGGGUACCUCCGAAAACGUACGUACUUGCAGAAACUUCAACUCUUCCGACUCGACCACGGCCGCCCGUCCGUCAAGCAGAUGUUCAUCAUGAUGAUUCGACCUCUCCUGAUGUUCUUCUACUUCCCUAACGUCAACUGGGCCGGCUUCCUAUACGGUGCUUCGUUGUGCUGGUACAACGUCCAGAAUGCCACGAUGGCUUUGAUCCUGAACGCGCCACCUUACAACUUCUCUGCACAAUCGGUCGGUAUUUCAUACCUCUCAUUGCUGAUCGGUUGCAUACUCGCGUGGUGGUGGGCUGGAUGGGCCGGUGACGAGAUUGCAAUCAGACUUGCCAGACGGAACCGUGGUAUUCGUGAGCCAGAGCAUCGGCUCUGGCUCCUGGCAUUCUCUGGUACACUUGCGACCGCAGGGUUGAUUCUUUGGGGUGUGGGCGCGGCCCAUCAUACCCAUUUCAUGGGUCUGAUAAUCGGCCUUGGAAUGACCAGCUUUGGGAUUGUUUCGGGAGGAAGUACCUCGCUUGCAUACGAUGUCGACUGUUUCAAGGAAAUCGCAGGUGAGAGUGUCGUCUUGGUUAUUGUUAUUCGCAAUACCAUGGGCUUCGGAGUGAGUUAUGGGAUCACACCAUGGCUGGAGAACACGGGAACGCAAAAUUGCUUCAUCGCUGUCGCUUUCCUCUGCCUGUUCUGCAACUUCAGCUUUCUGUUCAUGACCAUCUGGGGCAAGAAGUUGCGUCAACUUUCCGCGAAGAAGUAUUGGGAAUAUGUGGACACCUUGAUUGUCGCCGCUCACUGA